AUGGCGCCCAACGCCAACAUCCCCAUCAUCGACAUCGCCUCCCCGGGCAUCGACAGGACGGCCGUCGCACGCCAGCUUGUCGACGCCGCUGCCGAGCAUGGCUUUAUCUACAUCCGCAGCACCGGCAAGUAUGUUUCGGUCGGCGAUAUCGACGCGGCCUUUGAUCUGUCCAAGAAGCUUUUCAAGGCUCCCGUGGAGGAGAAGGCCGCUUGCUCGAUCCAGAAGAACAACCGCGGCUGGUCGGGCAUGCACUCUGAGACGUUGGAUCCCAAGAACCAGAAGGUCGGCGAUUACAAGGAGGCCUUCAACUUUGGCGAGUUCAAGGACGGCAAGGCUCAGCAACCGUUGCCCCCGACCAUCCAACCCGACGAGCCCUUCGUCAACUCCUUCGAAGACCAAUGCCACGCCCUCUGCCUCGAGCUCCUAGAGCUACUCGGCAUCGGGCUCGAAGUAUUUACCUCCGGCCCCUCUUACUCAUCUCACGGCAGCUCACUCACACCCGCCCAGGUCGAUCCCCCCACUUUCUUCUCCUCCGCCCACCUUCGCUCCAAAGGUGACUCGGGCACGAUCCUCCGCAUGCUCUACUACCCGCCCACCUCCUCCACAGCCGCCUCCCCCGACGACGUCCGUGCCGGCGCCCACUCUGACUAUGGCUCCCUGACCCUUCUCUUCCGUCUCCGCGGCCAGGCCGGCCUCGAGAUCCUCACCCGCGACAACGCCUGGGCUCCCGUCCCUGUCACCCCACCCGGCACGGAAUCCGACCCCUCCCCGCCCAUCCUCGUCAACAUCGGCGACCUGCUGAGCUACUGGACCAACGGGCUGUUCCGUAGCACCGUCCAUCGCGUCGUAUUCGGCGGCGAAGGCGCAGAGGGCGAGACGGAUAUGGAGCCGCGGUAUAGCAUGGCCUUCUUCUGUCACCCCGUCGGGUCUGUAGCGUUGGAUCCGGUGCCGAGCGAGAGGGUCAAGGGGUUCGUCGCGCCCGAGGGGUCGCCGAACGCGAACCCGUAUGCGGAGAGGAAAGUGCUUACUGCGGAUGAGCACUUGUUCAUGAGGCUGAGGGAGAGUUACAAGGGGCUGUACCAGGAGGAGGCCAAGGCAUCAUCAUGA